AUGAGUCUCGGCUUGCAAAUAUACGAUCUGAUAUGUAUCUCUUCAGCGGUAAAGGUUAUUUGUGGUCGGAAUAUUGAAUUGCAAAAGACUGCUUUAUGGAAAUUAUACAAUUCGUCAUCUCUAACCAAAAACUGCCCUUAUAAUGUGAAGAUCAGUGGGGCUCGAACCAGACCCGUCGCUUCCCAAUCUUCUCCAGCGCGAGCUCAUUCGAGAAGUUUUGGAACCCUUUCAUAUAAAAGAUUAUCUGCACAUCAAUGCAGGUUCUACUCUACCGCCAGUCCAGAGGAUCCACAUCUUGAGGCCUCUCCAAAGAAGAUUGGGGUUAGCGAGAAAAAGGAGUUUGUUAUGGAUAGUUCUCCUGUGCCUUCGUCCCGAUUAGGCCGUCUUUUUCAUUAUGGAUCCCUUGCUACCGGACUUGGGAUUGGUGCACUGACGGAAUCUAUUAGACGUAUUGGAGAUGAUAAAUCGUCCGGCUCUACAUCAUCAGUUCUCCUCAAUCCAGCUAACUUGGAAAGAAUGGUAAAAAAGCUGUCCCAGAUGCGGGGUGCCGCCUUGAAAAUUGGUCAAUUACUUUCUUUCCAAGACCAGAGUCUUUUUCCCCCAGAAAUCCAGAAGGUCAUGAGCCGUGUCCAGAAUUCUGCAAAUUAUAUGCCUAGGGGCCAGCUUGAACGAGUGGUAUCUAAAGACCUGGGAAAAAAUUGGCGUACAAACCUAUUUGCUAAAUUUGAAGACUACCCCAUUGCCGCGGCCUCUAUCGGUCAAGUGCACAAGGCUGUUCUUCUUGAUUCAUAUGAACAAGUUGCUGUCAAAGUUCAAUACCCUGGUGUAGCAAAUAGCAUCGAUUCUGAUCUCAAUAACUUAAUGCUACUUCUUACAGCUUCGCGAUUUCUUCCUGAGGGUCUGUUUUUGGAUAAAACUAUUGAUAAUGCCCGUACUGAACUUAAAUGGGAGACUGAUUAUCUACGAGAGGCGCAGAAUAUUGAAACAUUUCGGGAGUAUUUGAAAGAUGACCCAGUCUUUGUAGUCCCCAAGGUCUAUCAUCAGGCAUCAUCCGAUCAUGUACUAACAAUGGAGUUCAUGGCUGGGAAAGAAAUCACACAGUAUGAAUGGAGUCAGCCAACUAAAGAUUGGAUAGCUACACAUAUUAUGAGAUUGUGCCUCCUAGAGAUUGCUAGAUUCAAGUUCAUGCAGACAGACCCCAACUGGGCCAAUUUCCUGUAUAAUGAUAAAACUAAAAAAAUUGAGCUGCUUGACUUUGGGGCUGCUCGUGGGUAUAACUCUGACUUCAUAAAAAAUUACUUGGGAGUUUUACGGGCUGCAGUGAGGAAAGAUCGCAAAGCCUGCGAAAAAUAUUCAAUCAAACUGGGUUAUCUCACUGGACUUGAGUCGAAGGCGAUGUUGGACACUCAUAUAGACUCUAUUUUGGUUCUUGGUGAACCUUUCGCUCAAGAAGGAGAAUUUGAUUUUGUGAACCAAUCAAUUACGACAAGAGUACGGGCGAAUAUCGGCGUGAUGCUCCGCGAAAGGCUGACGCCUCCCCCCGAGGAAACGUAUGGAUUGCAUAGAAAACUCAGUGGUGCGUUUCUCUUGUGUGCUAAACUAAAUGCUAAGGUUCCUUGCAGUGAUCUAUUCAGAGAAAUUGUGGGAGUAGAAGAUGAAUAA